AUGGCCCCAACGUCCAAGGCGCCCGAGUCCGCCUCCCCGACAACGACCGGGCCCGAUGGCGACUCGUCUGUGGAUAACAUUGCCCAGGCCUACAAGGACCUGCUAAGAGGCGAGCAGGCGGCCAGCGCACUCGAGGCCAACCUGACGAACCUCGAGGGUAGACUUGACGCGCUGCUAGCCGCGUUCGAGUCGGUUCAAGAGCCCAACGAGGACGGAACCGUGACACCGCCCGGCCAAGAUGCGAAGAAGCUGGACGACACGGUCCCUACCAAAACCUCCAAUGGUGGAACCCAGAGCUCCGAGUCCGAGUCUCCCGAGGCGGCGAAGAAAGCCUAG